UCCCAACAAUCGCACGCGCCGCCUCCGCAGCGGAGUGUAAAUGGCAGAAUUCAAAAUCACGCAGCCGGAACUUGCGGCGCCGUCGCAUGGGCAGCGGCAGCGGCCGCACCUGCGGAAGAUCCUCUCCUGGUCGCCGGAGACGGGGAGGGAGGAGGUGUGGCGGCGGCGCAAGGGGAACCACAACCAGAAAUCGGCGAGCCGCAGCCGCCUCGGCCGGAGCGUGACGGACGAGGAUCUCGACGAGCUGAAGGCGUGCAUCGAGCUCGGGUUCGGGUUCGAGCCGGACUCGCCGGAUCUGGACCCCAGGCUCUCCGACGCGCUCCCGGCGCUCGGAUUCUACUGCGCCGUCAACAGGCAGUACAACGAGAUCAUCCUGUCGCGGACUUCCUCCGACUCGUCCAUCUCGUCGGACGGCAGCGCGUCCGUCGUCGUCGAUCCUGCAGGUGAGGAUGCAGAGACGGUGAAGACGAGAUUGAGGCAAUGGGCUCGGGUUGUUGCGUGUUCGGUGAAGCAAUUAGCGGGGAGCCAGCAAAUUAACAAAACUGAUUGAGAAAUUUGUUGUAUAAUUUUCUCUCUUAAU